UGUUACGUAGAUUCUUUACUUGCUCCUUGGUAACUACGCAAACGUAGCAACAACAACCAUAGCUGCAGUUGGUAAUCAUGGAUUAGCACACAUGCCUCGUAUCCAUAGAUGAAACAGUCAAUUAGUUCAAUAAACCUUUAGAAGGUAGGUCCUCGGUGUCGCGAGGAGGCUCGCCUACAGCACAGUGUCUGUUUAUGUGCCAAAUAGAAAGAUGCCUCCAAGCUCAGCUGAUCCUCGCAAACAGUUUAUUCUUACAACAACGGGGAACUUCUUUGGCUUGACGGCUCCCCCCCCAACUGGCUGACAGUGUGAGCUCAACAAUUUUCUUGAUGAUGGCAACGAGUUUGUCCUAUGUUUCAGCCAACAACAACACGACUUGCAUCCCUCAAAUCAGAUUGAAACAUCUGGGGACAAUGGUGGCAAGGUGCUGGUGUUCUUCAAACUUAAACCCACCGUGAUCACGGAGGAGAACCUCCACCAGAGCAUCCUUGUGUCCUCUAUGCUGGAGUCCCCAGUCAGAAGCCUCUACCAGGCCGUGAGACAGGUGUUUGCCCCUGUGCUGCUGCAGGAUGAGCGCUGGAGUUCAGAGUUGGACCCUAAACUGGCAGGGCUGCUCAGCGACCUGGAGCAAGGCCUGGGCUCGGUGAUCCGUCAGUCGGGGCCGCGAUCACAGGGGAAGACGGGCCUCACAGAGGGCGAUGUGUUGGGUAUACUGUCCCCCGGGGAUGAGUUCCAAUACUGGGCAGAUCUCUCAGAGUCUGCGGAGAAGCACGGUGUAAGAGAAAGGGCCCGCCAUUUUGUUGAGCUUUUCCGACCAAUCGAAAAGGAGUACUUCGGUCUAGAUGGCCUGUCCAUGGCGGACGUUGUGGAUCUUGUGGAGCAGAGCAAACACACACUGGAUGACGUGUGGAGACAGACUGACUUUGAUACCCUUUACCCCGAGCCACGCAUGCUGCGCCUCAUGGACAACAUAGGUGGGGCCCUCGGCAGAUAUGUCCAGAGGAAGUUGAGCGGUGUGAAAAUCUUCGAGGAGCCAUACGUGUCCAUGCAAGAGAACCUGAGGAUGGGUGUUAUCAUCUGUGAACAGUGGGUGACGGCUUGUGAACAUCUCACGGGACAGGUGUGGAAGAGUCAUACCUCGCAUGUUUGGAUAGGAGACAAGCAUCAGCCACACACUCUGAAGUGCUUAGCGCAGAGAUUGGAUGAGGUAGUGACUCUGCGUACCGUGUACGAGAAACUGCUGCGGCUGCUCCCUGGAGGUAAACAGCAGGCACUGAGCCCUGAGCGUGUGUCUGAACCCUUCUCUGGACUCAACCCUCUACACUACAACCCCUACACUGAGCCUCUGUGGAGAGCCGCAGUCUAUCAGUUUGAACGAUGCAUCAGCUCUUCAGAACUGGAAGUGGCUGCUAUAUUGAAGCGUUACAUAGGAGAUGUGCAAGACAACCCACAACAGCUGCUGCAGGUGUUUAAGAAGCACAAGGAGCUGAUCAGGCCCACCAUCAGCAAGGAGCUGCAGUCGGAGAGAGAGACCCUGCUGGCCAGGCUGCUCGACUAUAGCAAAGGUCUAAAGUCUGAUUUUGAGGAUCGCUGCCAUGGUGCUCCAGGGGAAAAAACGGGGCCCCUUGUUGGCAGGAACCUCCCUGAGGUGGUCAACAAAAUUGUCUGGGUUCGACAGCUCAUUCACAAGGUGGAGGACUCCGUUCGUAUCUCCGAGGCGCUGCUCCCAGACCUGUCAGCCUUCCGCUCCUUCAUGCGCUUCUGUGAUGACCUCCUCGAGGUCCUGAGGGCCUACGAGCAGGAGCAGUUCGAAGACUGGUCGAGAGAAAUACUGUCCGGACUGGCCGACCCAAGGUCUGGUAUAAGUCUGCAGGCCAGUAACCGGGUGAUGGACCUGGACCACGUGGACGCGCUGCGGAUCCAGUACUCUGACCGGCUGGUGACGCUGCUGAGGGAGGUCAGACAGCUGUCGGCCCUCGGCUUCCCAUCCCCGGCCAAGAUACAGCAAGCUGCCACACAGCAGACCAAGUUCUACGGACAGGCCAUCGUCCUAAAACAGGUGGCCCAUUUCUACAACAUCAUAGACCAGCAGAUGAUUCCCUCUCAGAGACCCAUGAUGCUUGGUCUAGCUCUGGCCUUUGAACAAGUGAUUAAGAGUCCUCGGUCCCACGCUAAGGAGUCCGGCGGCAAGCUGCAGAUCACCUGGGACAACCCCAGAGAGCUGGAGCUCUACAUCGGCAAGCUGCAGUCUGCUGCCGAGAGACUCUCCACCGAGAACAGGAAGCUUCGCAAGUGGCACACCGAGUUCACAGAGAAGGUGGUGCUCCUGAUGAACGUGGACCUCCUGAGACAACAGCAGCGCUGGAAGGACGGCCUACAGGAGCUGCGGACAGGCUUUGCCACUCUUGAGACGCAGGGAUUCCGGUCAGGUGACCUGCGGGCGUGGCGCCAACACUGGAACCACCACUGUACAAGGCCCUAGAACAACCAGUACCAGACGGGCCUGGAGGCUCACAAGAACCUGCCCGAGAUACACAUCGACCUCACCUUCAAACAAGGCCAUUUGCAGUUUCGUCCUACCUUUGAAGAAGUGCGGGCUCGAUACUUCAGGGAAAUGAAGCGGUUCAUUUCUAUUCCUAACCAAUUCAAGGGGGUUAGUGAGCAGGGUGAGGAGCUCAUCUUCGGAGUCAUGAUUGACAGAAACGCUCCCGGGUUCCUUACCAUCUACAGGAAAGCAGAAGACCUUUUCAGCCGCUUGCUGGCAGUUCAGGACAAGUUCAAGGAGUGGGUGGUUUUGGGCCUGGUAGACAUCGAGACGUUUGUGGAGAAGCAUUUGCACUCUGUGCAAGAAUGGGAGAGAAACUUCAAGUCCCUGAAAGCCCGGGGCAAGGAGUCUGAACGCCUGCCCAGCCAGGAGAAGGUAGACUGUAUCACAGUGAAUUGUGAGCCAGUCAGAGCCGUCAUCGAUGACCUGAUUCAAAGGCUAUUCGAUGCUCUCCUUGUCUGUCUCAGGAAGUCCGUCCAGGCCACAACACAGACCAUAGAGGCCUUUGUGUCCGACGCCAUGGAAGCCAUGUCCACUCGUCCCGAGAGCAUUGAGGAGAUCAGCGAGGCCAAUGCCAGACACUGCCAGAUUAAAGCCCGCGAACCAGAGAUCCUGCCUCAGUUUCAGUGUGCAGAGGAGAAGAACCGGCUGCUGCGUGCGGUAGGAGCCGGCCUGGACUCCCUGUCCUCACUGAGGGCCAGGUGGGACAAGCUGGAGCUGGUCAUGGAGAGCCACAAGCUCAUGAUCAAAUCUCAGGUGGAGAUGAUGCGCAGUAACGCGGAAGGCCGCAUCCAGGCCUACCGGACUAAUCUGGAGCGCUUCAGGGCGCACUGGGAUCAGCUAAAGCCCAGUGAUGAGGUGGUGGAGACGGGCGACCAGGCCAGCAUGUUGGCCUGUCUCCAGACCAUCAGGGAUAAGCAGCAGGAGUUCCAGGAGCUGGAGCUUAUUCGUCUGAAACUGCUUGACGACUGUGUUCAUUUUGAGCUGGAGGCCCCAGACUUCUCCUUUGCGGAGGAGACCAUCCGAGACAUGGAGGAGUGCAGUCGGAUGUGGUCUCUGUAUGAAGAGUGGCUGCAGGGCUUCACGGAGAAGGCUAGAGACUGGAUCACGUUCAGGAGCAAGACUUACUUGUUUGAGGAGUUCCUCUUUGCGUGGCAGGACCGACUGAAGAAGCUGGAUCAUCCCACCACCAUGUCUGUCAAACUGCAGGCCGAGGUGGACAAAUACAAGAACCUGGCCCCGGUGCUGAAGUACGUGCGUGGGGAACACCUGUCCCAGGACCACUGGCUGGACAUGUUCCGCCUACUGGGCCUGCCCAGGGGCACCAAGCUGGAGAUGCUCACCUUCAACGACCUGCUCUCAGUGGCGGAAACCAUCAUCGAAAAGGCCCUGGAGCUAAAGGACCUAAACAGCCGCGCGCAGGCGGAGGUGACCGUCAGGGAGGCGCUAAGGGAGCUGGACCUGUGGGGGGCCGCGGCGACCUUUAACCUCACGGAGUACACCGACAGCAGCGGACAGGCCCUCACCCUCAUCAAGGACUGGAAGGACAUCGUCAGCCAGGUGGGAGACAACCGCUGCCUGCUUCAGUCUCUGAAAGACUCCCCCUACUACCGUGGCUUUCAGGACAAGGUGAGUUUGUGGGAGGUGCGUCUGGCUGACCUGGACGAGCAUCUCCUCAGUCUGAACACCAUCCAGCGGCGCUGGGUGUACCUGGAGCCCAUAUUUGGGCGCGGAGCCCUCCCUAAAGAGCAGGCCCGCUUCAAGCGUGUGGACGAGGAUUUUAGGUCCAUCAUGUCAGACGUUCAGAGGGACAGCAGAGUGGUGUCUUUGUGCUCCAGAGCCGGUAUCAGAAACUCCCUUGUCACUAUACUGGAUCAGCUGCAGCGCUGCCAGAAGUCACUCAACGAGUUCUUGGAGGAAAAGCGCUCUGCCUUCCCCAGGUUCUACUUCAUAGGGGAUGAUGAUCUCCUGGAGAUCCUGGGCCAGGCCACUAACCCCACCGUCAUCCAGUCCCACCUCAAGAAGCUCUUCGCUGGCAUCCACAGCGUGCAGUUCGAUGGGCAGUGCCAGCACAUUGUGGCCAUGUGUUCCCUGGAGGGGGAGGUGGUCCCCUUGAGAAAUCUUGUGCGCAUCUCCAACAAUGUGGAGGUUUGGCUGAGUGAGCUGUCUGCAGAAAUGAAGGAGACCCUGAAGCAGAUGCUUCUUGAGUGUGUCGCAGCAGGGAGGAAGGGGGAUGUCAACCCGGCGCGCUACCCCUCACAGAUCCUGGGCCUUGCCGAGCAGAUCCAGUUCACUGAGGACGUGGAGCAGGCGCUGAGCGAGCAGAGCCUACAGAGACUGGAGCUGGAGCUCUCUGCCAAGCUGGAGCAUUAUACCAGGGUGGACACCAGCUCCCAGGACCCCAGCAGCACAGAGACAGGUGUCCUCCAGCUGAAGCUCAAGGCCCUGAUCCUGGACAUCAUCCACAACAUCAGCGUGGUGAGGCAGCUGAACCAGGCUGGGGUCUGCAGCCCUGACGACUGGUCAUGGAGGAAGCAGCUUCGCUUCUCCAUGGGAUCUGACCAGUGUUGCCGCAUUCACAUGGUCCACGCCCACUUCCAAUACACCUAUGAGUAUCAGGGGAAUGCUGCCAAGCUGGUGCACACCCCGCUGACAGACAAGUGCUACCUGACGCUGACCCAGGCCAUGGAGAUGGGUCUGGGGGGUAACCCCUACGGGCCGGCCGGCACGGGGAAGACUGAGUCGGUCAAAGCCCUGGGGGGGCUGUUUGGACGGCAGGUGCUGGUGUUUAACUGCGACGAGGGCAUUGACGUGAAGUCCAUGGGUCGCAUCUUCGUGGGCCUGGUGAAGUGUGGAGCUUGGGGCUGCUUUGAUGAGUUCAACCGCCUGGAGGAGGCGGUGCUCUCGGCCGUGUCCAUGCAGAUCCAGGCCAUCCAGGACUGCCUCAAACACCAGAAGAACACCUGCGAGCUGCUGGGCAAAGAGGUGGAGCUUGACCCUAACUCCGGGGUGUUCAUCACCCUGAACCCAGCGGGGAAGGGCUACGGUGGGAGGCAGAAGCUUCCAGACAACCUGAAGCAACUGUUCCGGCCCGUGGCCAUGACCCGACCCGACAACGAGCUCAUCGCCGAGGUCAUCCUCUACUCGGAGGGCUUCCGGGACGGAGAGAUGCUGGGGCGCAAGCUGGUCGCUAUCUUCAACCUCGCCAGGGAGCUGUUGACUCCGCAGCAGCACUACGACUGGGGUUUGCGCGCCUUGAAGACGGUGCUCAAGGGCUGUGGCAGCCUGCUCCAGCAACAGAGGAAGAGCCAGGACAAGGACCAGAUCCAGGAAAGCGGUCUGGUUGUGCAGGCUCUGAGGCUCAACACCAUGUCCAAGCUGACGUUUGCCGACAGCUUCCGCUUUGACGCGCUGGUCAAGGACGUCUUCCCCGGGGUGAGCUUCACGGACGUGGAGGACCAGAUCCUCACACGCGCGCUGGAGCAAGCCUACAGCGAGGCCCGACUGGAGCUCAUCCCCAGCCAGGUGAAGAAGGCCCUGGAGCUGCAGGAGCAGCUGAGACAGCGGAUGGGGGUGGUGGUGGUGGGGCCCAGCGGAGCGGGCAAGUCCACCCUCUGGAGGAUGCUCAGGGCCGCGCUCGGCAAGACGGGAAAAGUGGUGAAGCAGUACACCAUGAACCCCAAGGCCAUGGCCAGACAGCAUCUGCUGGGACACAUAGACAUGGACACCAGGGAGUGGGCCGACGGGGUGCUCACUCACAGUGCCCGGAAGGUGGUCCGGGAACCACAGGAGGUGAGCUCGUGGAUCGUGUGCGACGGAGACAUAGACCCUGAGUGGAUCGAGAGCCUGAACUCCGUGCUGGACGACAACCGGCUGCUGACCAUGCCCAGCGGCGAGCGCAUCCAGUUCGGACCCAACGUCAACUUCCUGUUCGAGACCCAUGACCUCAGCUGCGCCUCCCCAGCGACAAUAUCCCGCAUGGGCAUGAUCUUCCUCAGUGAUGAGGACACAGAUGUGGGGGCCCUGGUGAAGUCCUGGCUGAGCGGACAGCCCCAGGAGUGCCGGGCCAACCUGGAGAACUGGCUCGGCGACUACUUCCACCGUGCCUUGGACUGGGUGCUCAAACAGAAUGAGUUUGUGGUGGAGACCAGUCUGGUGGGCACCGUGUUGAACGGCCUCUCCCACCUCAGCGCGGCGGCCGAGAGGGGGCAGUUCAUCGUGGGACUGCUCAGAGGCCUGGGCGGGAACCUCCUCCUCAAAACGCGGAAGGAGUUUGCCAAGGAGCUGCUGGGCUGGGCCCGAGAGGACCCUCCGGACCACAAGAAGCCCCUGGACACCUACUACGACCCGGACACGGGCCGCCUGGCCGCCUACACCCUGCAGCGGCCCGAGGGGCUCUGCCUGGAGCAGCUGUCCCAGCCGCACACGCUGCCGGUCAUCCGGACGGCGGACGCACAGCGCGGCCUGCAGUGCUUCUACCAGUGGCUCACGCCCCCCCACAGGCAGCCCUUCAUGGUGGUGGGCCCCGAGGGCUGUGGGAAAGGCAUGCUACUGCGCCAUGCCUUCUCCACCCUGCGCUCCACCCAGGUGGCGGUGGUGCACUGCAGCGCCCAGACCUCGUCGCGCCACGUGCUGCAGAAGCUCAGCCAGACGUGCCUGCUGCUCAGCUCCAACACGGGCCGCGCCUACAGGCCCAAGGACUGUGAGAGCCUGGUGCUCUACCUCAAGGACAUCAACCUGCCCAAGCCCGACAAGUGGGGCACCAGCAACCUCAUCGCCUUCCUGCAGCAGGUGUUGACAUAUCAAGGUUUCUAUGACGACAACCUGGAGUGGGUGGGGCUGGAGAACAUCCAGAUCGUGGCCUCUAUGUCCACAGGGGGCGCUGUGGGGAGACACACACUCACCCCGCGCUUCUCCUCCAUAGUGCGCAUCUGCACCAUAGAUUACCCGGAGCGGGAGCAGCUGCAGAUCAUCUACUCUGCGUACCUGCAACCCGUGCUGCAGCACAGCCUGGGCAGCCAGGCGGCCUGGGCCAACGCCGGCAAAGCCCACCAGCUGGCCGGCUCUCUGGUGCAGGUGUACGAACAGGUGAAGGCCAAGUUCACGGUGGACGACCACAGCCACUAUCUGUUCACACCCUGCAUCCUCACACAGUGGGUGCUGAGCCUGCUCCGAUACGACCUCACUGCAGCUCACGCCAACGUGACUGACAGCGUGCUGGAGGUGGUGGCCAGCGAGGCCAGGAGGCUGUUCAGAGACAGGCUGGUGUCCUCCAAAGACCUCCACGCCUUCAACAACAUCCUGUCCUCCGUCAUCCAGGGGGACUGGGGCUCCGAUGCCCUGGACAACAUGAGCGAUGGAUUCUACGUGACGUGGGGGGCCAGUGAGGGGUCCGUGAUGGCCCCGGGCCAGUCUCUCCCCCCCCACGGGAAGCCGCUGGGACGCCUCAACUCUGCUGACCUCAGGGAGGUCAUACAGAAGGGGGUGGUGCUGUUCAGCCGUGAUAACCGGGAGCUGGACCUGCUCCUCUUCUGGGAGGUGUGUGACUUUGUGUCCCGGGUGGACCGGGUGCUGAGCCGCCCCGGGGGGUCGAUGCUGCUGGCGGGCCGCAGCGGCGUGGGCCGGCGCAGCGCCACCUGCCUGGUGGCGCACAUGCACGGCUACACGCUCUACACGCCCAAGAUCUCCCGGGGCUACGCCCUCAAGCAGUUCAGCAACGACCUCAAGGCCGUAAUGCAGCUCGCUGGACUGGAGGGCCAACAGGUGGUUCUGCUGCUGGAAGACUAUCAGUUUGUCCACCCAGCCUUCCUCGAAAUGGUCAACAGUCUCCUGUCCUCAGGCGAGGUUCCGGGUCUGUACUCUCCAGAGGAGCUGGAGCCCCUCCUUAGUUCUCUGAAAGACCCUGCGUCCAAGGACGGAUUCACGGGGCCACUCUAUAACUACUUCUCCUACAGGAUCCAGCAGAACCUCCACAUAGUGCUGAUCAUGGACUGCACCAACUCCAACUUCACCAUCAACUGUGAGAGCAACCCCGCCUUCUACCGCAAAUGCUCAGUGCAAUGGAUGGAGGGCUGGUCCGAAAGCAGCAUGAAGAAGAUUCCUGAGUUGUUGCUGGAGAAGAUGGACGGAGUCGGGGAGCAGGGUCGAGGGGACAAGACCUGGAGCUCAGGCUCCGGCCCAGCGGACCUGUGCAGGCUGUUCCAGACGGUGCACGAGUCGUGCCGGGAGCACGGCGCCACGCCCCGGCAGUACAUGGCCUUCCUCAAGGUGUACACGGCCAUCUACAGCAGCAAGCAGAGCCAGCUGGUCACUAAGAAACAGCACCUGCAGGCGGGCGUGGCCAAGUUGAAUGAAGCCAAGGCCUUGGUGGAUGAGCUGAAGAGGAAGGCUGCAGAGCAGAGCACGCUACUGAAGACCAAGCAGCAGGAGGCUGAUUCUGCCCUCCAUGAAAUCACAAGCUCAAUGCAGAACGCAGGCGACCAGAAGACGGAGAUGGAGAAGCUAAAGGGGAAGAUGUCUCAGGAGCUGUCCAAGAUCGAGGAGAGGACGGGCAAGAUAGACGAUGAGCUGCAGGAAGUGCAGCCCCUGGUGGACGAGGCCAAGAGGGCGGUGGGGAACAUCAAGUCGGAGGCGCUCUCAGAGAUCCGCUCGCUGCGCAUGCCCCCGGACGUCAUCCGGGACAUCUUAGAGGGGGUGCUGAGGCUGAUGGGGAUCUUCGACACGUCCUGGGUCAGCAUGAAGAGCUUCCUUGCGAAGCGUGGUGUGCGGGAGGACAUCGCCACGUUCGAGGCGCGGGACAUAACCCACGAGAUACGGCAGAGUGUGGAGGAGCUACUCCAGAGAAACAAAGCCUCCUUCGACCCCAAGAACGCCAAGCGAGCGAGCACGGCCGCAGCUCCUCUGGCUGCCUGGGUCAAGGCCAACGUCCAGUACUCCCACGUCCUGGAGAGGAUCGGGCCGCUGGAGAAGGAGCAGGCCACACUGCUGGAAAACCUAAGGAAAACGGAGAACAGGAAGAACAAGCUAGAAGACCAGCUCAACUCCGUGGGAGCCAAAGUCAACGAGCUCAAAGAGAAGUUCCAGUGUCGCACGACCGAGGCAACUAAGCUGGAGGUGGAGGUGACCAAGGCCCAGGAGACCAUCACCGCCGCCCAGCAGCUCGUCUCCCAACUGGACGGAGAGCACACCCGCUGGAACACACAGGUGUGUGAGAUUAAAGAGGAGCUGGACACGCUCCCCAUGAGAGCCAUGCUGGCGGCCGCCUUCAUCACCUACCUGUCCUCCGCCACCGAGGACCGCAGGAGACACUGUCUGGACACCUGGAUGACACACUCUGGACUACAGAAGUUUGACCUGCGCUCCUUCCUGUGCUCGGAGAGCGAGCAGCUGAUCUGGAAGAGCGAGGGCCUGCCGUCGGACGACCUGUCCAUGGAGAACGCUCUGGUCAUACUCCAGAUCAAUGUGCUGAAACAGAGGAGUGUUGCUUGUCCCUUUCUGAUCGACCCGUCGUCCCGGGCAACCGAGUGGCUGCGGACACACCUCAAAGAGCAAAAGCUAGAGAUCAUCAACCAACAGGACACAAACUUCAUGACAUCCCUCGAGCUGGCUGUGAGGUUUGGUAAAACUGUCAUCAUCCAGGAGAUGGACGGGGUGGAACCUGUCCUCUACCCCCUGCUGAGGAGGGAUCUCAUAGCCCAGGGCCCGAGGUAUGUGGUUCAGAUCGGAGACAAGGUGAUCGAUUACAACGAGGACUUCCGGCUCUUCCUUGCCACACGGAAUCCCACCCCCUUCAUUCCCCCCGAUGCCGUCUCUGUGGUUACCGAGGUCAACUUCACCACCACCAGGGCUGGCCUUCGGGGACAGUUGUUAGCCUUGACCAUCCAGCAGGAGAAGCCAGAGUUGGAGACGGAGAAGACGCGUCUACUUAAGCAAGAGGAGGACAAAAAGAUCCAGCUGGCUCUCUUGGAGGAGUCCUUGCUAGAGACCUUGGCUACAGCCCAGGGGAACAUUCUGGAGAACAGAGAGCUGAUCGACAGCCUGAACCAGACCAAGGCCAGCAGUGCCUUGAUCCAGGAGUCACUGCUGGAGUCUCACAGGCUGCAGGCUUCCCUGGACCAGGAGCGGGAUGCCUACCUGCCUCUUGCUGAGAGUGCCAGCAAGAUGUAUUUCGUCAUCACAGACCUGUCGAAAAUCAACAACAUGUACCGCUUCAGCCUGGCCUCAUUCCUGCGUCUCUUCCAGAAGGCCCUGCAGGACAAGAAGGAAGCACAAAGCACUGAUGCCAGGAUCGCUGCCCUGGAAGCCAGCUUGAAGCGUAUGGUGUACGAGUAUGUCUGCCGCUCUCUAUUUAAGUCUGACCAGUUGAUGUUUGCCAUGCAUUUUGUCAAGGGCAUGCACCCAGAGCUGUUCCAAGAGAAUGAAUGGGACGUCCUAACCGGAUUCAUAGUUGGAGAAGUGUUCAAGAGAGAGGAGUUUCCCUCGUGGAUCGACCAGGAGAGACAUGGAGCUCUGUCCAUUUUCAAGGCUACCUUCUCAUCCCUCUACCAGUCCCUGAGUCUGAGUGACGGAGAGUUCUGGCUCCCCUUCUCCCGCAGCUCCCACUGUGAACAGGAAGUCCCGCCCCCAGUCGCCAGGAAGAUUACUCCCUUCCAGCAGGUGUUGCUGGUCCAGGCCAUCAGACCAGACAGACUGCAGAGUUCCAUGGCUUCUUUCGCCUCACAAGCCCUGGGGAUGAAGGAGCUGUCGCCGCCGCCGCUGAACCUGAGGCGCCUGCACUGUGAGACGCUGGCGUGGGAGCCCGUGCUGAUCAUCAUCUCCCCCGGCGCAGACCCCUCCCAGGAGCUCAGCGAGCUGGCAGCGGACUCUGUCGGGCGGGAGAACUUCCACGAGAUUUCAAUGGGCCAGGGCCAGGCGGAUGUGGCGUUGGCUGCGCUCAGAGAGUCUUCUCGAAACGGAGACUGGCUUUGUCUUAAAAACCUUCACCUAGUCACUGCAUGGCUACCACAGCUGGAGAAAGAGCUGAACGCACUCCAACCCAAAGAAAGCUUCCGUCUGUGGCUGACCUCCGAGGUGCACCCCAGAUUCCCCCUCAUACUCCUGCAGUCCAGCCUGAAAAUCACAUACGAGUCCCCACCCGGGCUGAAGAAGAACCUGACCAGGACCUACGAGUCCUGGAGUCCGGAGCAGAUCAGUAAAGGUGGCGUCCUGUCGCGGGCCCAGUCUCUCUUCUGCCUGGCGUGGUUCCACGCUGUCUGCCAGGAGCGAAGGAACUACAUACCCCAGGGCUGGACCAAAUUCUACGAGUUCUCCCUGUCGGACCUGCGGGCUGCUUAUGAGAUCAUCGACAGGCUCUUUGACGGCGGUAAGACCUUCCAGUGGGAGUUUGUCCACGGUCUUCUGGAGAGCGCCAUCUACGGGGGACGGAUCGACAAUCCCUCAGACCUCCGCAUCCUGCGCUCCUACCUGGAGCAGUUCUUCUCGGCGCGCCUCCUUUCCUCCUCCUCCUCCUCAGCAGGAACGAGGAGGGGAGGGGAAAAAGUCUUCCCGGCUCAGAUCAGCCUGCCAACCUCCUGCUCCAUCCUGGAUUACCGCAGCGUUAUAGAGAAUCUGCCAGAGGACGACCGGCCAGCUUUCUUCGGCCUGCCAGCCAACAUCGAGAGAUCAUCCCAGAGAAUAACCAGCUCUCAGGUGAUCUCCCAGCUGCGCAUCUUGAGUCGAUCAGUGGCAACGGGGUCAAAGUUCGACCGGGAGCUCUGGUCCAAUGGGCUGUCACCUGUCCUCAACCUUUGGAAGAAACUCAACCAGGGCUCCACUCUGAUCCACCAGAAGGUGGUCCUGCCAACGGAGGGCCAGGGUUCGCCGGUCCAAUCCUUCAUCGUCCUGGAGCAGUUCAACGCAGUCCGCCUAGUGCAGAGCAUCCACCACUCCCUGGCUGCGCUCAGCAAGGUGAUCAGAGGAACUCAGCUGCUCACAGCAGAGGUCCAGAAGCUGGCCACCGCCCUGCUAAACCAAGAGUGUCCCCAGACGUGGCUCAAUAAGUGGGAGGGGCCCGAGGAGCCCAUGCAGUACCUCAGAGCCGUGGUGACCAGGGCCCUCGCCAUUCAGGGCUGGGUGGAGCGUGCAGGCAGACAGGCCCUGCUUGCUGACACCCUGGACCUCUCCGACCUCUUCCACCCCGACACCUUCCUCAACGCCCUGAGACAGGAGACAGCCAGGUCCAUGAACUGUUCCAUGGAUAGUCUGAAGUUUGUGACAUCGUGGAUGCGUCCAAUCCAGGAAGCCAAGCUGCAAGUCAAGGUGGGUGGGCUCCAGUUGGAGGGCUGUUCCUUCGACGGCACGCGUCUGUCUGAGAACCAGCACGAUUCCCCCAGCGUUUCGGCCGUCCCGCCCUGUUACAUGGCCUGGGUCACACACAGCUCUAGCUCCAGCUCUGCGGGGCUGCAGGAGUGCAUCUGGCUGCCGGUGUACAGCAGCUCAGAGAGGGUGAAGGUGGUGGCCCAGGUGGCCCUGCCCAGCGGAGCCAACCCCAGCCAGUGGAUCCAGACCGGAGCAGCCCUCUUCCUCAAACAGCUGUGAUCCCGCCUUCCCGUUGGUGGGCUUAUGGCAGUCACAUGGUACUGGGGGACGAAUGGGAGCCAAGAUUAGUUUUUUGGGGGAUUUGAAAGCUUGUCCCUUAUGCUUUGAAGGCAGCUAAUAUAACCGCUAUCAGCUCUGGGGAAAGAAAGUCUGGACUGAGUCUGCUGCUGAAAGUGGAAGGAAACACUACUUAAUUUGUCUUGGUCAUUAUUUAGGAUUGGAUGUGUUUUUGUAUGCUUGUAGCCCGUAUUUAAAUUUGUGUUUUGAACUGAGUUGCCUGCUAAAAUGGGACAGUACACUACUUCAUUAGUCUUCAUCGUUAUUUUCAUAUCAUGUUUUCUUGUUUGCUCUUAGCGCAACGCUCUUUUGAGAACAUUGGAACACAGACCAAAGCUCCAGCAAAUUUUUGUACUGUAUUUAUUGUUGGAUAAAUUACCAUGGAGGAGGGUGGAAAUGAUA